CCGAACUUCCGCCUUCCACAUGUGUUUACUGAAAAUGUGGACAACCUAGCUCAAUAAAUAUUAGUAUCAGCAGUCUAUACACGGUAACCGUUUGAAACAUGGGGAAGCUGAAUGUCGUGGUGUUGAGAUACUUGUCUCGAGAUGACUUCCGAGUCCUCACAGCGGUUGAGAUGGGGAUGAAGAACCAUGAGAUUGUUCCAGUGAGUCUCCUGUCAUCCAUUGCUAGCCUCAAACAUGGGGGUUGCAACAAGACUCUCAGAGAACUUGUCAAGCACAAGCUUGUUGUCUAUGAACGCACCAAGACUGUGCAGGGCUACAGGUUGAACAAUGGAGGAUAUGACUACCUUGCCCUGAAGACCUUGUGCUCCAGAGAAGUGAUCAUUUCAGUUGGUAACCAGAUGGGAGUGGGUAAAGAGUCGGACAUAUAUAUUGUGGCAAGUCCAAAUGGGGAGCAGUAUGCGCUGAAGCUUCACAGAUUGGGUCGUACCUCCUUCAGGAACCUAAAGAACAAGAGAGAUUACCACAAACACAGGAAGAAUAUGUCCUGGCUCUACCUCUCUCGCCUCUCUGCCAUGAAGGAGUUUGCCUACAUGAAGGCAUUGUAUGAUAGAGGUUUUCCCGUUCCCAAACCUGUGGACUAUAACAGACAUGCUGUAGUGAUGGAGCUCAUCAAUGGCUAUCCACUGUGUCAGGUUCAUGAGCUACAGGAUCCACCAGCCCUGUACAAUGAGUUCAUGGAGCUCAUAGUCAAACUGGCCAAUCAUGGCCUGAUUCACGGAGACUUUAACGAGUUCAACCUUAUGUUGGACGACCAGGACCACAUAACUAUGAUCGACUUCCCUCAGAUGGUGUCCACAUCCCAUCCUAAUGCUGAAUGGUAUUUUGACCGUGACGUGAAAUGCAUAAGAGAUUUCUUUGCAAAAAGGUUCAAUUACGAGAGCGAGCUCUUUCCAACCUUCAAAGACAUCAGGCGGUCGUAUUCUCUAGAUGUUGAAGUCUCAGCCAGCGGCUUCACCAAAGAUAUGGAGAGAGAUGGUGCAUUGCUGCACCCAGCUGGACCAGAGGAAGAGGACGAUGAUGAUGAGGAUGAAGAGGCAACAGACGAGGAAGCAGAAAGAGAAGAGGAGAGUGUGGACAUGGAGGAAUAUAAACAUGCAAUGCUAGAGCUGGAGGGUCUGAAGGUCAGCGACACACAUGCAGACAGACAAGAUGAGGAAGAGGAAAAGAGUGAAAAAAGAGAAGAAGAGCCUGAGACUGAGGCUGCUGUUCAAAGUGAUGACGAAACAGAGAAAGACUUAGAGGAAGAGUUGAAGGAAGCAGAGGAUGAGUGCCCAGAGCUGGCAGACCUUUCUGCCUCCAACAAAGAGUUCAAACCCUUCAGAGACUCAGACAGUCUUCUGCACAUGGCAGAGCACAGGAGGAGGAGGACGGACAGUGAGGCCACAAUGGGCAGCACAGGGAGCUGUUCUACCAUACCACCAGAGGUGGUCCGUCAGAAGGUGCGGAGGCAGCUCACCAAACAGCAGAAGGCAGCACAGAGGAGACGUCUGCAAAAGGGAGAGGCCAACUUGGUGACCAAAUCCAGGAGGGAGAACCAAAAUAACAUCAAGUCUAGUAUGGAGAGUGCCAGCUUCUGGGGAUAAAUGGAGACUGCAGUGAUGGACAGACAGAAAUCAUGUCAACAUCCUUUUUGUUUGGUUAACAUGUGCUGCAUGGUUCCCCUGUUACUCUGUCCAAAGACUUGUAAACACAGGAUGGUUGAUGGGAAAAUCCAACAAGACUUGUGCAACAGCUCAGCUGCUCUGUACUGUCAUGGAAAAAUCAGAGAGAGGGAUGACAAAACUAAGAUCACACUGAAGUGGAAAACAGUGUGAUCUUGUUUGUAUUUCUCCAGUUGGUUCUCCUACUCCUCACUUUCAAGUAUGAAGACAGGCCAUAGUUCUAUUUGAACUAUGUGGACUAUUAUGCGUCACACACAGUCUAAUGUAAAUAUAAUGAAGUGAUUUCAUUGACAAUUAAACCAUUUAUACAUUUCU